GGUUGCUUACUCACAAAAGGAUGUGAAACUUACCUUCAAGAAAGCCGGGAAAGAUUUUAAGGAUGUUGACGGCAUUGCAUACAUUUCAAGUCAGAGGAUCGUUUUCGCCGCGACGAAUCCGAAGAAAUUUCAAACGAUUGAUAUGCCCAGGAGGUGUAUCAAAGAUUUGAAUGUUGAACAACCUGUCUUCGGAUCCAACUACAUCAGUCUAAGAUUGGAGCCGGAAGUAAACGGUGGUUUAGAUAGAACCGAGGAAGUGAAGAUGGAUUUCAAGGCUGGAGGCGCCAUCAAUUUUGCGAAAGCCGCCAACGUAUCUUUUCGGCAAGCAGCUGUGUUCACGAUGUCCAGCUGCAAGGCUAUCGCCAAACCUAUCUACUUUCAGUUGUCGGAGUAG